AUGACUUCUUGUGGCAAAGCAGAAAACCCAAUUUUAUGCGCAAGGGGUUGCGGUUUUUUUGGAACACCAAGCAAUCACAACCUUUGCUCGCGAUGCUACAAAGCUUUCUUGAAAGAAGAAGAAGAAGAAGCAAAGUAUACCACAAUUUUAUCCGAGAAAGUAUCAUCUUUUACUAUUGAUGAUUCUGUUACAACAGAGAAAGUUGGUUCGACGAUGAAGAUUAAGCAAAGAUGCACGAUUUGCAAGACGAAAGUGGGAUUAACAGGGUUCAGUUGUAAAUGUGGAGGAAUGUUUUGUAGGGUUCAUAGGUACCCUGAAGAACAUGCAUGCACAUUCGAUUUCAAGUCUACAGGCCGUGUGACUUUGGCUAAGGAAAAUCCUCUUUGCAAAGCUGAUAAACUUGCGUUUAGGAUCUAG